AUGAAUAUUAAGCUUUUUUCUGAAAAAAUAGAAAAUUAUAUAAAAUCUCAAAAAAGUAAUGUGCAUGAAAAUAUAAUUUACUGUUUUAAAAAUGAAUAUUUAAAAGAUCUUUUAAAACCUACACUACUACAAGGAAAUCCACAGGUAGAUAAUUAUACAGAAAUAUUUAUAGAAGAAGAAAAUAUUUAUCAUAAAAAUAGUCCUAUUUUUUUAUAUGGAGAAUAUAUUAAAUUAUCAAGGGAAAUGACACAGACACCUUUAAAAAUAAAAGGAAAAUUGAAGUGUAAAAGAAGUGUAUCAGAUUUUAUUAAUCAAAUUAAAGAACACUAUAAAUCUAAAGAUGUAAAAUUUAUACCAUCUGGUAGAGAAGAUAUAGAUGUAAAAAUGAUAGGAGGUCGUCCUUUUCUUCUUAAAGUAGUAGAACCAACUUGUAAUUUAUUUAAUGAUCGUAUUAGUUUACAUUUGUACGACAAUGUAAAAAUACAAAAUUUUAUGCAAGUCACAAAAGACAUAAAAAAACUUAUUUUGUGUGGUGAAAAAGAAGAAAAUAAGGUUUAUAGAUUAUUUAUAGCAAGUAAAAAAGAAAUUAUAUUUGAAAAGGAAUAUAAAUUAUUGCAAAAAACACCUUUAAGAGUUCUCCAUAGGAGAGCUAAUUUAGUUAGAAAAAAAUAUAUUGAAAUUUUAGAGACUAAUUUAUGUAAAGAUUUGCAAAAUGAUUUUUGCUACAGUGAAGACUUAAAAAAGGAAUUUAGCGAAAAUAUUCUACCAGUAGAUUUUUACUACUACACUGUUAUUCUUAAAGCAUCGGCAGGGACAUACAUUAAAGAAUUUGUACAUGGAGAUUUAGGAAGGACAUGUCCUUCACUUUCAACUAAUGAUAAUUUAUGUGACUUAUUAUUUUUAGAUGUUCUUAAAGUAGAAAAAAAAAUUAUUGAUUCAUCGUUAAUAAUACGAAAGAUACAGAUUAAAUAA